AUGACGAGACUGGCCUUCGGUCUUCUGUACACUGCUUCUUUCAUUAGCUCAGCGAUAGCAGGGUCUCCACCAGCUGUCCCACAACGUGCUGCAAACCCGCCGUUGCGAGGUAGCCCUGACCUCGCGGGCUAUGAUCCGUCAAACAUCAUCUCUGACGAGGACACCACAAAGGUUGAGUAUGAGCUUGCUCCAGGCCAAUCAGACGAUGCCAAGAUAGGGGUGUUUCUCAACUUUGACAACAUUGAACAUCCCCAACCAAUUCGAGGUGCCAAAGGAGGAACGGACCCUGGCCCUCGCAACGAUGCGCUCUCUGCCAUGAACAGCGACUUGUUGGCUCCUCCAGGAACCGAUCACGGACAGACUAUCAGCGCGAAAUGGCCGAUGGCGUUGUCUCACUCGAAGUUGGGCCUGGACAGCGCAGGCUGGUCACGGCAACAGAACACCAACGUUAUGCCGGACGCGAAGUUGAUGGCUGGUGUGGAUAUGCGAUUGGAGCCCCACGCAUAUCGUGAGCUUCAUUGGCAUGUUGCAUCCGAGUGGGCUCUUAUGCUAAAUGGCUCUGCUCGAAUCCAGGCUGUCGAUGAAGAUGGCCAAACAUUUAUUGACGAUGUUAGCAAGGGCGAUGUUUGGUUCUUCCCUGCAGGUGUACCUCACAGCAUCCAGGGCCUCGAGGGAGGCUGCGAAUUUAUGCUCGUCUUCGAUGACGGCGCAUUUUCCGAAGACAACACAUUCCUUGCGUCAGAGGUGUUUGCCCACAAUCCCAAAUCUGUUCUGUCCAAGAACCUGGAGGUCCCAACUUCUGCGUUCGACAACAUCCCGUCCGGCGAGCUGUUCAUUUUCCCCGGAACACCAGCUCCGAAAGACAUUGAGAAGCAGAACAUCACUGGCUCUGCCGGGCCCAUCCCCAAAAGCAAGACAUACUCCUACCACUGGUCUGAGCAAGAAGCUCAUCGAGUUGCUGGUGGAAGUGUCAAGAUCGUUGAUCCGCUCACCUUUCCCAUAGCCAAGGACUUCUCCGCUGCUCUCGUGUCCGUGAAGCCCGGUGCAAUGCGCGAGAUCCACUGGCACCCCAGCUCCGACGAAUGGACCUUUUUCAUCGCGGGCAAGGCUCGUGCUACGCUUUUCACACCUCCCAAUGUCGCCACAACGUACGAUUACAGUGCCGGUGACGUUGCGUACUUUCCUCAGAGCAAUAAUCACUACAUUGAGAACGUCGGGGAUACCGAUGUCAUCUUCCUAGAAGUGCUCCAGGCUGACCACUUUUCUGACAUCUCCUUGGGCCAAUGGCUUGGUCUGACUUCGCCACAAAUCGUGAAGGACACGUUGAAGCUGUCCGAUGAGACUAUCUCCAAGUUUCCCAAGGAGAAGCCGCUCAUUGUUGCAGGCUCGAGGGAGACGAGAGAGAAGUUGGCUGUGCAGUUUGUCUCAUAG